AUGCUUAUGACAGGGCUCCUUUGUCUGAGGACCAGGACGCUUCAGCAUUCCGGUCAAUGCACCAGCAUCAUGGAGGCCUUGAAUCGCGAGAGCCAGCUAACGAAAUUCACAGAGUCUCUGGAACUCGCUGGCCUGGCUGGAUAUUUUGAGGACAGGCAGCUCGAGGCUACCUUAUUUGCCCCGACGGACGAUGCGAUUUUAAACGCUGCUUGGGAGGACUGGACUGCAGAAGACCCGCGCCUGAUGGCCGCCCUUCUGUACCACAGUGUCCCACUUAAGGCAGAGCUGACGGAGAUGCCGCGGGAGUUGCGCACGAACCUCGGCCCAGACGAGAUCGUGCUGCUGCGGCCGGCAGCGGACACCGGGCGGCUGGACCGGCAGCCGGCGCUGGCCAUCGUGGUGCCGAUCACCGACUUCCAUUCGCCGCCCGCCAAAGUGCUCAAAACGCUCAGAACCUGUCGGGGCGUCGUGCACAUCAUUGACACAGCACUGGAGCCGGACAGCACCUUAGAGCCGGAGGCCCUGGCAGCUGCGCUCUCCAACGUAGCCGAGAAUGUGCACAAAGACAUUGCGAGCAUGGACAGCAAGGCGUCCGUGUCAGCUUUAGAGAAUAACAGGAGAGGAGGGGAUCUUUUGGGGGACCACAAGGAGGAGUGGGGGGCCGCGCAAGGGGCCCAGCAGCAGUGGGGCGACGGCCAGCCGAGUGCGCUCGAGCGGGCGCUCAACAUCGCACGGGAAGCUGCCGCGAAGCACGAGCAGGAGGACGAGGAAGCCGAGCGGAUGCAGGCGGCCGAGGCGGAGGUGAAGGCGCGCAAGGAGCGGGAGCAGGCUGAGCUGGCUGAGCUCUCCUCGCCCGGAGGGGCGGCCAAGGCGGUGCUGGCGGCUGAGGUGGCGCAGCAGAAGGCGCUGGCGGCCGCGCGGCUGGCAUUCCGCGAAGCCGAGGCCACCGGUCAAACGCUCGCUGCAGCCAAGGCGCAGGAUUGGCUGGGCGCGGCUGAGUAUGCGGCGGAGGGCAUCGUGUCGGCCAAGGAGGCCGCCUCUUGGUCGGGCUCCGGCUCAGACCUGAAUGACCAGGCCCGCUCCGCCGCGCGCGCCGCCAUGCUGCUCGCUGAGGUAUCACUGGCACAGCACACUGCGGUGGCCAUGGCGCGCACGGGGGACUGGGCAUCCUCGCUGUUGGGGGGAUCGGGGGGCCUGGUUCUGAGCACCAAUGCCGGCAAGGCCUGGGCCGAAGCUGCGCUGGACGCACAUUCCUCAGCGCUCAAGGCCGCCUCCGCCGCCGGCAGCCUCGCCAGCACAAUCGCGGCCAAGGCCUCCGCGCAGGACGUGCUUGGCAGCAAGGGGGCAAAGCAGCCAGCGGACGCAGGCACGCUGGACGCCAUUCAGGCCCUCGUGCAGAAGCUUCCGCUUGCCGAGCGCAACAGCCUCAACUCCCUGCUCGCCGCCCAGCUCAAGAGCAGCGGCUCAGCCGGGGUUCACAAAGCUGACGUGGCCACCAGUAAGGUGAAGCGCGUACUCAAGCCGGCCGGCAGCUGGCCGGCCGCUGGGCAGAGCCGGCGCGAAGCGCAGCAGGAGGACGACUCCCCGGAGGAGAAGGAGCAGCUGAAGCAGGACAUCGCACACCUCAGCGGAGCCAGCAGCAGCUUCGACACUGAGCGCAGGAAAGCCCCAAAGAAGCCCUCUGGCAAGCUGCAGAUGCAGUCCGCGUCUAAGCCCCGGCAGCAGGCCUCCAAAGCCUCAAAAGGGCUAUCCAGUGGCGCAGCUGCCGCCGCCGGCGCGACAAAGCAGAAGCCUGCAGCUGCCGAGGACACUGAGGAGGGCGAUGCGGACGACUUUGGCGACUUGGACGACUUCCAGUUGCAGGAGGAAGCUGAUGAAUCGCUCGACCCCGAAAGUGACGAUAUGGCAGCAUUCUCCAGCCUGGGCGACCCCCAGAAUGACUGGGAGGAGCUAGAUGAGAUGGACGAGGAGUCAGAUGCGUUUGGCAGUGAGGCGGCGGCCGGUCAACUCAGGGCCAAGGGCACGGCUGCAAAGGGCGGCGUAGCAGAUGCUGCAUCAGGUGCCGCCACAGAGGAGAUCGACAGCUUCUUCGCAGAGACGCAAGCCAAUUCGCAGCAGCAGAGCGGCAAAGCCGCAGCAGCCAUGGAGUCCCAGGGAGUCAAGUCGGCGGCAUUGGACGACAACAUUGAGUGGAUAGGGGAGGACGACAGUGAAGACGUCGAUACCGCCGACCGGCUGAUCGCAGGCAGGAGCGCCGGCGAGCAGAGCGCGAAGCAGAGCGCGAAAACUGCGCCAAAGGGGACGGCAGCGGGCGGCGGCCGCAUCAACGUAGAGAAGCUCGCGAGUGCCGAGAUCGCAAAGCGGGGCCGCGGCGCGGCGCGCGUCAGUGGGAGGAAGAAUCCGACGGCGGUGGCGACAUCGGCGGAGCUUGCCGGGGACGAGCUUUGGGCCCGGGAUAGCGGCGGCGACUCGAGCGCCGGCGGCGACGCGGCCGCAGCCGACGGCGAGGGCGGCGUGCUGUUGGACACCUGGAGUGAGAAGCACAAGGAGGCGAUGCAGUAG